UUCGAUUACAAAGCCUUUUUUAUCAAAGUUGGUCUCAACUCCAGGUCCAAAGACUGGCUUACCAAAGUGUUUGGAAUUCUUGUCAAGGACAGGAGUGGCUUUAUUGAGGAAGAUGAACUGAAACUUUUCCUGCAGAAUUUCUCAUCCAGUGCUAGAGCUUUGACUGAUGCUGAGACCAAGGCAUUCCUGGCAGCAGGUGAUAGUGAUGGAGAUGGUAAAAUUGGAGUGGAUGGUAAGACUGUCUUUAUUAAACGGAGUAGUAUCUGCCUUUGA